GUGGAUAAGGUUACUCUCAACACAUUUUGUUUUCUGUGACACAGACCCCAAAGAUCUGUAAUUAUCCUGGGAUUGCUGUGGGGGUUUGCCUGCUUCUUCCUAGUUAUUCUGCCUGUGUGUGAGCACGUGUGCGUCUGUUAGUGCCUGUGAUCUUUCUCUUUCUUGGCUUUGUUGUCCCCCUUUGGCACUGGAAAGCUGGUGUGUGUGUGUGCUCUCGCGUGUGUGUAUGUAUGUGUGUGGGGGGGUCUCAGCAGUGCCAAAAAAGAUCUGCUGAAGAGUCCGAGGGAGGCAGGCAGGGCUAUUUUUGUUUGAAGCUGAUACUUUUUGCAUGAGUUGAAGUCACUGCCUAGAAGAGGGCUCAGGUUGUUUCCGGGGGAGAACUGUGCAGAAGAGAACCAAAGUUCAACGAAGCCCCAAGAAGCAGCUAGAACAGCAAGGAAAAAGCAGGGCCCCCCCACAAGUGAACAGUGCACCCUCUGGCCCGGGGCAGCUCCAGGACCCUGAAGCAUUCUUCAGACUGCCUUCUUAACAGCACCUUUUUAAACUAACACUCACCCCUGCCACCAUGACUGAGAUCACAGCAGAAGGUCACACAUCUACAACCACCACUGUGAUAGAUGGCAAAAAUGGAUCUGUGCCCAGGACAUCUGGGAAAAUGCUGAAAAGAUCAGUGACAGAAGAUAUCGUCACGACGUUCAGCUCUCCAGCUGCAUGGCUUCUGGUUAUUGCCCUAAUCAUUACCUGGUCAGCUGUGGCUGUUGUCAUGUUUGAUCUAGUGGAUUACAAAAACUUUUCAGCAAGCUCUCUUUCCAAGAUUGGCUCUGACCCUCUAAAAAUUGUACAUGAUGCUGUGGAAGAAACUACAGAUUGGAUCUAUGGAUUUUUUUCAUUGCUGUCUGAUAUCAUAUCUUCUGAUGGUGAAGAUGAUGAUGAUGAUGAUGUUGGAGCUGACACCGAUGAAGGAGAAGAGGAAGAGCCUCCCUUGAAAAAAUAUGAAAUUCACAAAGAGAAGGCUGAAAAGCAGGAAAAACCUGAAAAGAAAAUAGCACCUAAAGUAACUCACAAAGAAAAACCAGAAAAAGAAAAACCAGAAAAGAAAGCAAGUCACAAAGAGAAACCUGAGAAAAAAGAAAAACCAGAAACGAGAACCCUACCCAAAGAUGAGAAAAAGAGUAAAAGCUCAAAAGCUGAAGAAAAGAGUAAGAAGGAAGUGAAAAGUGGAAAACCAGAGAAAGUGAAGCAAGCUGAUGCUAAAGCAAAAAAAGUGGAGAAAACACCAGCUAAACCCAAAGGCAAAGAAGAAAAAGGAACUGUAGCUGUUUCAAAAAAUGAACAGAAAGAUCAGUUUGCAUUCUGUCGCUAUAUGAUUGACAUGUUUGCCCAAGGGGAUUUAAGACCAGGACAAAGUCCAGCAAUACCUCCUCCACUACCUGUUGCACAAGUUUCUCAACCUGAACUGGCACCAUCAGCUCUUGGAGGAACAAGAAAAGAAAGACAAACAUGUGGAACCAGCCAAAUCGACAAAGAAAGAAGCUUCUGCUCCAAGUGAAAAACAAGCAAAAUCAAAAACUGAACGAAGCAAAGCAGAGGUUGCUGCUGCCUCAACAAAAAAAGCAACUACAGGAAAGAAGGAAGAAAAAUCAACCAAGGCAGCGGAGCAAGAAGCUUCAAAAGAAAAAGCUGGGAAAACUGCGUCAGGCCUGAAAGAAAAAGAUCUUAUUAAAGGGAAAGAAAUAAAGACUACAACAUCCCUAAAGGAAAAAGAACCUGAAGUUAAAAAAGUGAAGCCACCUAAACCAGUAAUUGAAGCUAAAAAAGAAGAGAAGACAUCUAAAUCAGCUGUUUGUCUCAAUUCUACCCCUUGGAACUGCACAGAAUAAGUCAUUUCAGUACUUCGGAUCAUGGC